AUGACGUCCAAGUGGACCAGCAACGCGAACGAGGCGACGUGCCUGCGCCUCGCGGGUGCGCCAUCGCCCGCGGACGGUGUAUUUCACCCCGAGUUUACCUAUCCGAUUUUUGGCGACGCCGAGACGAUCUACGGCUACUCGGACCUGCACAUUCACCUCACCUUUGCUUCCGGCAGCCUCACGCCCGCGCUGGACGUGACGUACGCCGCGCGGAACACGACGACCGCAGCCAAGAUCGACGACGUGAAUGCGACGCUUGCCGAGUUCCUGCCCGAGGACCAGCUCGUGUCGCCUGACGAGGUCAAGAAGAUCGCCGAGGACGAGGCGCGUGGGGGCGCGCGCGCCUUUACGCCGCUCGGCGAGCGCGUGCACAGCUACACGCGCGAGGCGAGUGCCAAAGGCAAGGGGCGCUCGUCGUUUGGCUCGCUGUUUAGCGCGCGUGCGCGUCCGAGCACCGCGCCCAAGCGCGAGUUUCACAUCUACAAGGCCACCUGGGACACGCCCGGCUUCCGCGACUGGCACGCGCGUGUGCAAAUCUUUACCCUCUUUUUCAUCGAAGGCGCAUCGUACAUCCAGGACGACGAGCAAAACUGGGAAUUUUAUACCAUCUUUGAGCGCGUCCAAGGCGCAGAGGGCGACGCGUACCACUUUGUCGGCUAUACCUCGCUAUACCGCUUCUGGUGCUGGCCCGGCAAGACGCGCCUGCGCCUCUCCCAGUUCCUCAUUCUCCCGCCGUACCAGAAGCAGAAGCACGGUGCGGAGCUCUACGAUACCGUAUACGCGCACAUGCUCAACGACACGUCGGUGUGCGAGCUGACGAUCGAGGACCCCUCGGAGGCGUUUGACGGCCUGCGCGACGCGUGUGACUUGCGGCGGGUGACCAGCGCGGACGGCGCGCUGGCGCGUGCGGUCGCCGAAAAGCGCCUCGACGCGCCGAUCGACCGCACUUGGAGCGAAGAGACGCGCGGGGCGUACAAGAUGGCGCCGCGGCAGUGGGCGCGCAUGCUCGAGAUGCUUGCGCUGCUGCACCUCGACGCGUCGGAUGCCGCGCAGCUGCGCGCGUACCGCCUGCAGGUCAAGGCGCGCCUCUUUCGUGUGAACCGCGAAAUUUUGAUGCAGAUUCCGAGGGUGCAGCGCCUCGAGAAGCUGCACGAGACCUUUGAGUCGGUCAUGGACGAGUACGCGGAAAUCACCGGCGUCGAUCUCCCGGACGCGCUCCUCGAGGCGCCGGAGCCGAGCGAAGAGGUCAUCGACCUGCCGCCGCUCCUCAAGCGCGCAGCGUCGGCCGUCAUCGCACACGGCGACGAGCCCGCCGAGUCGCGCAAGGCGCCACGUGUGCAGUAG